CACUGGCCCUCCCACACUGGAACCCACCCAGCCCCCUCUCAGUACUGGGCUGGGCCACAGGAGGAGUGGGGUGCUUGUGUACAGGUCUUUCCUGCCUUCCCUGGCAGCCUGACGAACCAGCUCCUCCAGGCCCAGGGGCUGGGGCAGGGUGCAGCCUGAGGCGGCCAGACCAGCCCCCUAGCUUCAAGUGCUCAGCCGUCACCGUGGUCAUGGGGCUUCCCUGGAGGCAGCCUCACCCUGGGCUGCUGUUCCUCUGGGUGCUGCUGUGGCUGCAGCCCAGCUUGUGCUUGGAGCUGGUCCCCUACACGCCGCAGAUCACAGCCUGGGACCUGGAAGGGAGGGUCACUGCCACCACGUUCUCCCUCGAGCAGCCCCGAUGCGUCUUUGAUGGGCAUGCUGGUGCCAGUGACACCAUCUGGCUGGUGGUGGCCUUCAGCAAUGGUGUGCGGUCCUCCAGGAACUUCCAAAACCCACGGAGCUUAGCCGAGAUCCCUGCUUCCCCACAGCUGCUGACUGACGGCCACUACAUGACUCUGCCCUUGUCCCCGGAUCGGCUGCCUUGUGAGGACCCGCGGGGUGGCAGUGGAGGGGUCCCCUUGCUCCGAGUGGGCAAUGACUUCAGCUGCCAACAGGAGCCCUACUGCAAUGCACCCCUCCCUGGCCCAGGGCCCUACAGUGUCAAGUUCCUCCUGAUGGAUGUCACUGGCUUUCCCAAGGCUGAGUCCAAGUGGUCGGACGCCAUUACGCUCUGCCAAGGGAAGGCCCCAGGUUCCAUUGACACUUGGCCGGGGCGUCGGAGCGGCUGCAUGGUUGUCAUCACCUCCAUCCUCUCCUGUCUGGCCGGCCUCCUUCUCCUGGCCUUCCUGGCAGCCUCCACCAUGCGCUUCUCCAGCCUGUGGUGGCCUGAGGAGGUCCCUGAGCAGCUGCGGAUCGGCUCCUUCAUGGGGAAGCGCUACAUGACCCACCAUAUCCCGCCCAGUGAGGCUGCCACACUGCCCGUGGGAUGUGAGCCAGGCCUGGACCCGCUCCCUAGCCUCAGCCCUUAGCCUGGCCCCUGUGCCCCAGGCCUCUCUGCAGGGCAUCCCAACUUCUUGGAGUGCCCUGGCUGUCCCCUGCCCCAGACUGUGCAUCCCACUCUGCCCCGUCCCCAUCCCUAUUCUGUUGACCUUCCUUGCGGCUGGGCCGGGAAGCAGUGGACCUGAUCACAAGGAGGAAACUGAGGCCCUGAGAUGACCCCUUGAUUGCUAUCCCCACUUGUGCUUUUAGGGUGCUUCAUCUCCCAAAUCAUAACUUCAGUGCCCACUCACUAACUUCAGGGCCAGCAGCUGCAACUAGACCCAGCCAUGCUCUAGAGGCCUGAGUAGGGGGUCGGGCUGGGCCCAUCCACAGCCUGUGAGGCCUGAGCCCCCCUCAUCUCACCCAAAAGCUGGGGCUGAGACGCAGACUUUAUGGGCAUCUCCAUCGUCCCUGGGUACUGGCUUUUCCUGGGGAGAAGGAAGGGGACUCAGAGGCAGAGUCAGGAAGUGUAGACAGACAUUAGGAUCAUCUAGUUACAGGUUCCGGCCACACGCGGAAGGCUCACGCCCUUCUGCUCACUCACAUUCACAUCCUCUGCUGAGCGCCUGGGGCUCAGGUGAGCUGGUCCUGACCUUGGGGUCUUCCUGCUCUGGAUCUUAGACAACCAUGUGUCCCAACGUGACCUCGUAUAGUUGCGGGUUUGUCACACCUUCACACUGUUCUUGCCUUCUAGCUCACACUCCCUCAAGGCAGUCGCUGCAGUGGGCUCUCUCGGGAUCAAGAGACUCCCAUCCCUGGAAAAGUCUCAGUGCCGAUCCCCCCCCUCCCCCCCGCCCCGUCCUCAAGGCCGGUAGUUCCCGCAUUGCCACGCGAGGGCGCCAGUGCAUCGCGGCUAGCCCGCUAUAGGCUCAUGCGCAUGCGGGCUCCUGCCCGUAGCUCCGCCCCCCUGCUUGAGGACCUACUGUGCUCCCUUCAAUACACACCUCCGCUGUGGUUUGCUAGAGAGGGAAACUGGAGUUCAGGGAAUGACUCACGUGCACACUUUGUCUAGCUAGCCACCCUGUGUCUCCUUGGACACCCUGCUUGCCCUCUUUGAAGGUAAAUAAAUGUGUCUGGGCCUCCUCUGUGACUGGAGUCGUGUAGCCCCGGGCUACCCUAAGUGCCCUU